GCAGGAAGCAGCAUGGCUGACCGGAACGUCCACAACGCUGGGUUCACUCCCUCUGGGAUCUCUGCAGGAUCCCUUGCUGCAUCACUGAUGUCCCAAGAAGCAAGAGCCUCUGGGGGAGGUGUGCCUUCUGGAGGCCCCACUUCUACUCUCCAGGAAUUGGGUGCCAGAGGCACAACCCACUCAUCAGGUUAUACCAGCAGUGGGAUCUCUGGUGGAUCCAGGGCUGCCAGCACGAUGUCCAGUGAGGCCACAUGUCACGGAGGUGGAGUUCCCAGAGGUGGCACAACUUCCACCGUCCAGUCCAUCUCCAUGGGUGGAAAAGGAGGAAGACGCUGAAUAGAAGAGAAACAUCAGUGCAGAAAUAAACUCUGCAAGCAGUUAAUUCUUCACCAUCAGUUCCGACAAUUUGUCCCCUUCUAUGUUCUCCCUGUUAUGAAAGGCAAAGCCUUCC